AUGGCUUCCAGAUUAGAGCAGGAUCUCUGCUGUCCUGUCUGCCAUGGAAUCUUCAAUGAUCCUGUCAUCCUGUCGUGUCGCCACAGCUUCUGUAAAGACUGUCUGCAGAGCUGGUGGACGGACAGAGUGGCUCACGAUUGUCCAAUUUGCAGGAAGAGAUCUUCAAUGGAAUUCCCUCUGUGUAAUAUUGUGUUGAAGAACCUGUGUGAGGCCUUCUUACAGGAGAGAGAGCAGAGAUCUUCAGAGGCUCUCUGCAGUCUGCACUCUGAGAAACUCAGACUCUUCUGUCUGGACCAUCAGCAGCCAGUGUGUCUCGUCUGUAGAGAUUCAGAAACACACACCGACCACAGAUUCAGACCCAUCGAUGAAGCUGCUCCACCACACAGGAAGAAGCUUGAGGAAACUCUGGAGCCCUUAAAGGAGAAGUUAAAGGGUCUUAAUGAAGUUAAAGUGGAGUUUGAUCAAACAGCAGAACACAUUAAGGUCCAGGCCCGACACACAGAGACGCAGAUUAAGGAGCAGUUUAAGAAGCUUCACCAGUUUCUAGAAGAGGAAGAGGAGGCCAGGAUGGCUGCACUGAGGGAGGAAGAGGAGCAGAAGAGUCAGGUGAUGAAGGAGAAGAUGGAGGCUCUGAGCAGAGAGAUAGCAGCUCUUUCAGACACAGUCAGAGCCACAGAGGACGAGCUGAGAGCUGAAGACGUCUCAUUCCUGCUCAGCUACAAGGCUGCAGUGGACAGAGUCCAGCAGCGCCCCCUGCUGGAGGAUCACCAGCUGGGCUCAGGAGCUCUGAUAGACCAGGCCAAACACCUGGGCAACCUGACCUUCAACAUCUGGAACAAGAUGAAGGACGUGGUCUCCUACAGUCCUGUGGUUCUGGACCCAAACUCUGCUCAUCCAGAACUCAUCCUGUCUGAAGAUCUGACCAGAGUGAGACGAGGAGAGAGACAGAAGCUUCCUGACAAUCCAGAGAGGAGGAGGUGCUGUCGCUGCUCUGUCCUGGGCUCUGAAGGCUUCGACGCUGGGACUCACAGCUGGGACGUCGAGGUUGGAGACAGCACAGACUGGGAACUGGGUGUGUUCUCAGAGUCUGUCAGGAGGAAGGGACACUUGUGGACCGGGUUGUGGACAGUAGGUUUCUCUGAUGGUAAAUACAAAGCUCACUCCACUUUACAUCCAUCCAGUGUUUUCCUACUGAAGAAGAAGCCCCAGAGGAUCAGAGUGAGUCUGGACUGGGAGGCCGGAAAAUUGUCUUUUUGUGAUCCCGACACUGACGCACAUGUACACACCUUCGCCGACACUUUCAGUGACAGAGUGUUUCCGUACAUUUGGAAUGUGAAAAAUGUCACCUUGAAGAUUUUACCUGUCUCCGUCUCUGUGGCUGUAGAUCAGCAGAGUUAA